AAGGUUUAGGUCCAAGCGCACCAACAUGUGGAAUGUUUGAGUGGAGCUGGCGCGAAUACCUGCGGGGCCAUGGCGUGCUUUUUGUGCCGGGAGAGGAGGAGCUGCUACGUGUGUUCGAAACCACGUUGCGGGGAUCGCCUCUGCCUGCUCCAUGGAGUAUGUGGUGCGACACCAGUAACAACUCGUUUUUCUUCACGAACUCUUCAACUGGGGAGACCUCGUGGACGCAUCCCUUGCAAGACUUGCUGUUAGAGCUGGCAAGUAUCGGUCGGAGAUGUGCAGACAUGCCCCCUGCGAGCAGGGCUGAGUAUUUGGCCAGCCUGAACAGCACCUGGGAGCAUGAAGCUCGCGCGGAGAUCAUGAAAUGGCAUUCGGCAUUCGACGAUGCGCAGACAGAGUACUUCUACCACAUUGACUCCAAAGCGGUAAUGUGGGAGCGUCCAGUAGAUGCGCUACUGCCUGCGUUUUAUUUGAAGAAGGAAUUCCUGAAGCACCUGACCUCUGCUUUCAGCUCAGGACAUAGCGUUAGAAGGCACAAGGCGUCGCCGACCAGAUUGCGAAGCAAACCUUCCCCGGCCUCACAAGUCCCAGACGAAAGCUGGCAGCACUACUUGACGAGUCAGGAGGUGAUCACUGCGCAGGAGGAGGAUCUGCUUGCGGUUUUUCAGGCCGUGCUCACGGGCGCGCCUUUACCAGCGCCAUGGACCAUGUGGUUUGACAAGCUCAGCAAGACCUUCUUCUUCACCAAUUCCUCAACUCUGGAGACCAAAUGGAGCCACCCGCUGCACCAUCUCUUGGUUGAGCUGGCAGAUGUGGGGCGGCGAGUGCAGGUAUUGCCGGCCGCAAUCAAGGCGGAGCAUUUGGCGGCGCUGAACCGGACAUGGGAGACGGAAGCUCGAGCCGAGAUCUUGAAAUGGCAAACCGCAAUGGACAAUGGAAGAGAGUACUAUUACAACGUCGACACAAAGGAGGCGAUGUGGGAGCGCCCCGUCGAUGCUGUUCUGCCUGCGUUCUUCCUGAAGAAGCAGUUCCUCAAGAAGCUGAGCCUUCGCCAUGAGUCGAAGCCAUCAGAUCGGAUGAUUCGAGAUUUGGCAGAGUGCAGGUUGCAGCGCAAAGACAGUGCCUCAUCGACGACAGCCUCAUGGUCAGCCUUUUCUGACAAUAACAGUGAGGACAGAGUUCGGAGGAGAAGAGCUUCACAAAAACUGUCAGAGAUUGCACACCUAGAUGACAACUGGGAAUACUAUUUGACGACUCAAGGAAUUGUCAAUAUCCCAGGAGAGGAGAACCUGUUGCACUCCUUCCAAAGCGUGCUGAAGCGAGCGCCACUACCAGCACCUUGGAAGAUCUGGCAUGACAAGGCGAACAACCGCUUCUUCUUCGUGAAGAAGACCACAGGUGCCACAUCCUGGCAGCAUCCACUGAACCACGUCUUGAACGAGCUCGCAGGCAUGGCUCGGCAUCAUUUGACUCUUCCCCAGUCCCAGCGUGCUGAGCAUCUUUCGAUGUGGGGCAGCACCUGGGACCAUCAGGCAGAAGUGGAGAUCGCUAAGUGGUGUGCGGCCACCGAUGAGAACGACCAGGAGUACUUCUUCAACACUGAAACGCACGACACCAUGUGGGAGCGUCCAGAGGAUGUUGUGCUACCAGAGCUUUUCCUGAAGAGACAGUACUUGUCCAAGUUGGCGAAUCUGAAAAUCAGUUCAGCAAAAGAGGACAGAUCGGAAAUUGAAUCUGCAGAGGUUUCAGCGACGCCGGUGCCAUCAGACGUUGAGCACUUCCCUUACACUCUGCCCAAGAUUGAGGCACCUGCAACAGUCGAUGCAGCAGCAGGGACUGCGACAUUGCCAGGAGCACCCACACCACCAACACCACCAGAAGCACCACCACCACCAGAAGCACCAACACCUCCAGAAGCACCAACACAGCAAGUUACGCAGCCGGCAAAGACGCUUCCAGCCAAGCGGGCGGUUCGGGUCUCAGUAAAGUCUAUUUCCCCCAAGCCGCCGGACAAGGCGCACAAGGGGAACGUGGUGAUUCGCGUGAAGGCACCUCAAGCCAAGGAGGAGGCGCCUGCAUUGCGGCCUGAUGCCGCAAGUGGAGGCAGACUGGAGGUUUCUCUCAGCAGAGCACAGGCAAGAUCCGAGAAGGAAGCCUUGGCUGUCCAGGCCGGAGUCAACGCGGCUCGCCAUGCGGACGACAAGGCCGCGUCUGCGGCGGAGGCCGCCUGGGCUGCCGCCGAUGGGCCGUUCUUGGAGCAGUGCCUCGUGGUCGGCCAGGCUGCGGCGCGGGUGGGCGACGUCUUCGAGGCCGCGAAGGCCGCCGCGGCUGUGGCCGCCGCCGCCGUGGGCGCCGCCGCGCGGCCGCGCGCCGCUGCGCUGGCGGCCCGGGCAGCGACGCAGGCGGAGCCGGCGCUGAGACAAGCCUGUGAGCCUUGGAGCCGGGGGAGUGACCUGGAGGAGGCCCUGAUCUUCGCAAAGGCAGUCCACCAAGGCCUGGAGAGCUGCAAGGACUUGCGGCCCAACUCAGGGCAGGGCACCGCUGCUGGCUCUGCCGCCGCCUUUGGCGUCCUGCAGGGCGGCGGUGGAAAGCGCUUGGCGGUGGCUGCGGCGGUGCUGGCUGCCGCUCAGGCGGCCAGGGCUGCGGGGUGGAGCGAGGCGGCGCAACACGAGGCAGCCGCUUUUGCAGGGCGCCAGGCAGGAGCCUCCCCUGCGCAACUGGAGCGGAUUGCGGCAGAAGAGAGCCCGAACUAUGGCAAGGGUUUUCUGACCUUGGAUCAAGCCAGCGGUGCACAAUCCCCUGAAGUGACAGACAGCUGGACGCUCUAUGAGCAGAUCGACAGCUCUCCGCAGUCUGGAGUAGACUCUUUCGGACAGACUGGCAAGCUUUCUUUGGAUUCGUUUGGGCAAACUGGAAAGCUAUCUAUCGGAUCUCAACGGUUUUCAGCGCUUUGCAGCAUUGAUGAAGUGCAAUCUGCCUUGUCAGAAGCAGAGAAGUGCUUGUCACUUUUCGAAGAGGAGCGCAAGCUUCAGAUGCAGUCGCUCCAGCGGCAACGAUCGCGCAAACAAUUGCCAAAAAUGCCGAAGGAUGUGCAGAUGGCGAUGACUGACGCUCAGCGGAUUCUGUCGGCAUUUGAUGAGGAACGCCGGCAGCAGCUGUCUCAGCUACGUCGAAGCCGAUCCAAUCGCUUGGCAAUGCAAGAUUCGCUUUCCCAGGUUUCCUCUUUUUGACCUAGUGAGAUAGUUCCGCUAAUGUUUGCACAGCAGGCGAAUGCUCCCUGUGCCCAAGCAACCUAGAUCCGUGGCAUGGAAGGCUGAGGCAAGUCGCUAGCAUUCCAUGGUCCGUCUCACUGUGUCCCGUGAGGACUGUGGCUGCCGAUGCUGCACCAGAGAUUUCACGGCACAAAA